AGCACUUCCUGAUGCUGCCCAGCUACUUCCUGUUCCUCAGGAGGAAUUGAAGCCUUGUGUGUUUGGAGGUGAAGCUGCCACAAUGUUACAGUUCAUACUGGGAUUUGCCUUUGGAAACGUGGUGGGGAUGUACCUUGCACAGAACUACGAGGUUCCUGAUAUAGGAAAAAAAGUAGAAAAUUUCAAGAAGGAUUUGGAAGCGAAGAAGAAACCUCCCGGCGAGUAGUGACCAUAAGUGGCCAAGAACCGGCAACUCCUCCUCCAUUUAGUAGACAUGGUAUUUGUGUAUCUAUAAGCUGUAUUGGCGCUGUGAGAGAAAUGGAGGGCGCCCCCAACCUGCAGGGCUGAGAUCGAACCUGAGGCUUUGGACAGCUGGACCUGUUACAAUGGCGUAACCCACCAAUGGGAACGUUCCAAAGAUCCCCCUCCCCCGGCAGCUUGUGAUGGUUCCCAUUAUCCUGGGCAGCUACAUUAGACUGCAUCAUGUGUUAUUCCAAUCUGUCGCUUUUAGAUUUCAAAGGGUUUAAUAAAGUUUUGUUUAUUGUACAGUU